AUGUAUACAAAGUUGUUCAUGCUCUGCACCGAUCUGAUCAGUAACAGACCCAUGGACAAAUCCAAGCAAGCAAAUGCAUCAGAAGGAGAAGAUGGGGUUGAUUUGAUCAGUAACUUGCCAGAUCAUGUUCUUCAGUUGAUUCUUUCAGGUAUUCCAAGUACUGAAGAAGUAAUUCGAACAAGCGUUUUGUCAACACGAUGGAGGCAUUUGUGGACUUCAAUUCCAUCUAUAGACAUAGAUUAUACCCGAGGAUUAGAUCCAGAUAAGGAAUUGGAAAGUAAUGGAUUCAAAGAGUUUGUGUAUUGGGUUUUACUAAACAAAACUCUUGAUUUGGAUAGUUUUCGUUUAUGGUGUGCGGAUUACUACAAUAUGUCAACCAUAAGGCGAUGGAUUCAUGCUGCUGUUGUGAGAAAAGUCAAACUACUUGACUUGAUGUUUAGCCCAAUAGAUGAGCCUGAGGAUCUUGAGAUACCCCAUUGUCUGGUGACUUGUAGUUGUUUGGAAGUGUUAAAAUUAUAUUUGCUCGGAUAUCAUCGUCUAUGUUUGCCUAAGAUUCCAGGGUUCCCUGCACUUAGGGUUCUUGAGUUGAACGACGUUGUAUUGAGCGAUAUUUAUAGAAGAAAGGGUGAUUUGGUAAAAUAUUUUCUUGAAAGCUGCCCAUUGCUUGAGGAUUUGAGUUUGUUAAACUGCUGUACUCCGUCUGGAUCUCUUGUUAUUGCAAGUCCGAAGCUCAAGAAUCUGAGAAUUGAAAAGCAAGAAAUGAUACCUGAUCCAGAAGUAGAUGAUAUGUUAGAUUGUCUGGGGCUUGAGAUUUCUUGCCCAAAUCUGGAGCUUUUGAAGUUAGUUGGCCCUGUAUCUUUUAGUUUUUCAUUCCGAAAUCUAAACUCCUUGAAGAAAUCUAUGAUACACUGUACAGACUUUUCACUUGAAUCCUUUUGUGAUGUUUUUGAUGAAAUAUCUAAUGUGGAAUAUUUGUCCAUCAGCGGUUGCUUUGUGGGACAGUGCUAUUGGCCAGAAAAAGAUGAGCCUGUAUCUCUACCUAAUCUCAAGACUUUGGAGAUAACAGUUGAUGACCCGUACGGAGUGUAUAUGCUCAUCCCAUUUCCCAAAUGUUUUCCGGAUCUAGAGUCUCUCCAUUUAAUCUUUGUAAAGCAUGUUUAUGGAUUGAACAAGUGGCAUCUACAAGAAGCCGAAAAAAUCAACAUCUUGGCUCGUUGUCUGAAAAAGGUGGAGUUUCGUGAAUUUGAUGACGAAAAGCCAAUACUAGUUGUAGCAAGAGCUUUAUUGGAGCAUGGAAAUGAAUUGGAGGAAAUGGUUUUUAGUUGGGGUGAUGAAGCCAAGUUCCAUGAGAUGUCAUUGGAGACUAUGAAUCAAGUCUCAAAUUUUCGCAAGGUUUCUUCAACUGUCAAACUUCGAUUUGUGAUUAACCCAAGCCAAGCUGAUCUGUAGAUUAGAAGUUGACUCGAUUAAUGUCAAGUCAAGCUCGUGCUCAAGCAACUCUAGUAUUAAACUACUUAACUCGAGUCGAUUACACCCUAAGUCAAACUCAUGACUCUCUAUUCAGUUAAGGACCGAUGUUGCAAGCUCUGUAUUAAAAAUUAUGCAAGUAGUAGCUACUUUAUUCAUGUUAUGGGUAAACCUAAUUCCUUGGUUUCAGGUGGAUGCUUGUU